AUGCUUGAGGUUCUAAAAAGGCGAAUCAACAUCGUUCCUGCAUGUCGCGCACGUCAUAUUUUAUACGGGCACAAAAACAUAUCGAAGCCGACUAAAAGUCAAAGUGAGGAGAUUCAGAAGAAGAUUAUUGAUCUGGAAAAAAUUACGCAUCGAAGUGUUAUUAGCGGUCGGGAGAUAUUGUGGAGUAACGCAUCCGACUAUAUGAAGACGAACAAAGCGCAUGAACUGCUACGUAAAGUCUUAACUGCCUGUGCUGUAAUAAUGGCUAUAAAUGUAUUCUUAUUUAUCCAAGCUGGAAAGGACUUAAAGCGACGAAGGAAAGAAAACAUGAGUGAGCGUGAAAUACAACGUGAAGAAUUGAAUUUAUCAGGCGAACAGAGGCAUAAAAUUGGCAAACCGUUUGUAAUUAAUUGA